AUGCGGGUGAGAGCUGAAAUUGAACAUUUACCACUCCAGGAAAUCGCUCAAGAUGAGGUGCGUAAAGCUUUGCUAGUAGGUGAAACCCUUGCUGUCCUACCCAACGUAACUAAUAUCGGUGCGUCUGUAAGACGAUUUCCAUCAGUUCAUACAGGAAUUUUUCUUGCAUUGUAUGUACUUCAUCUAGGCCACAAUUUGGUUCGCAAUCGGCGCAAAACAACGCCCGAAUUUACACUGUCAUGUUCGUUUGACAUUUCUGAUAUAUACGCGCGCGAUUAUAGGGAUCAAGAACGCUUAUUACUGCAUGACACUAAUGAUCCAAAAUAUGUAAUCGACAAUUCGGAGCAUUUGAACUUACUCUUUGAAAGCGAGCGAUUACAUAUGGAUGGAACGUUCAGUACAUCACCACUCAUUAAAACUUUGGGAUCAGCAAGUUCUCUUCGUUUUGGUGUCGAUUCACUGAUUUUAGGCGUCCCCGUUGUUUAUGCGCAGCUGCCUAAUCGUCAAGCGAUCACAUACAUUCACUUAUUCGAGGUGUUAUCUACUGAAGCAAAGCGGCUGAAGAAAAGCUUUGAGUCUACACUGAUUAUGACUGAUCUCGAGUCCGGUCUGGCAAAGGCGAUUGCUCUCGAGAUAUGUUCUAGAUUCGCAAUAUUGCGACCAACCGGCGAAGUCUUUACGUCUUGUUUUAGUUUACUGGCAAAACGGCUCAAAAAGGAUGUUUUUUUCAUUUUACACAGUGUCUAUCGAAAAGUUCAAUCGCUUAGUUUGUCAACGCUUUAUUUGGAGGAUCUUCGCAUACGUGGUGUUAUUCGACGAAUGAUGAGUCUUGCGCUGAUACCUCGCCUAUUUGUCGGAGCCUUAUUCGUCGAUCUCGAGCAAGACUUGAAUGCUGAUGAGCGUGCCGAAUUGGCCAAUUUAUUCAAAUAUUUCAAUGAUUACUGGAUGCACACCAAGCUUCACAGUGGAAUGUCUACGAAGUCUCUGACAAGACCAAUAAUUAUAAUGAAGUUAGGCUACAACAACCGGUUUAAACGACGAUUACACAAAAGUCAUCCUAACGUGUGGGCAUUCAUCGAUUCGAUUCAAAAUGAAAUAGAUACAAUCCAUAGUUUGGUCGUUCAAAUAGCAAGUGGAAUGCAACCGCAGACAAAGAGAUCGAAAUCCAGAAUUGUACAACAGCGAGUCAAAGAAUUGUAUGACCGAUUCGACAAUGGGAAGAUUUCAAUUCAUGAUCUGUUACACCGACUUUCCUUUUUCGUCGCACAUGAGCAAUAA